UAGCUUUGUGCAAUGCUACUGGAGACAUUUGGGAAGGCCCCCAAAUUGGGAAGGGCAUAAAUGCCCCUGCAGCCACCAUGCACUGCUCAAAAGGAACCACAAGGAGUCUGCCCCAGAGGACAGGGCAUCUGUGGGGGACAGCAGCACGGACAGUAAGCACACAUGCAAAUGCCGUGGAAGUGGUUUUUCAACAUGAAGCUGGCAGCAGACCUUCUCUGUUUGCUCCUGUGCUUCACUGCAGUGGGUUGCGAUCGGGUCUACGUCCACCCUUUCAGUUUGAAUGCUAUCAAUGAGAGUGCCUGUGAGGAGCUGGAACACUUGGCCCAGGAAGGAAAGAAAACAUUUGUGCCUGCCUCCAUUGAAUCCCAAACUACGCCUGCCUAUGAAGAGGAUGUGAAGAAUGAAGUCAGGGUAGAUUCCCCUAGCCUAAGUGUCCGUGGAAGGCAGAAACUGAUCUACCUGAAGGACUUUGUGCAUGUCCUCGGCAUGCGAUUUUACAGUUUGCAGAGGGAAGCACGGCAGGGCCAAAAUGUCCUGUUGUCCCCUACCAGUCUCUAUGGCUCCUUGGCGUCUUUCUACUUGGGUGCAUCCAAUCAGACAGCUGCUGAUUUGCAGGGUUUGCUGGGAUUUGUUCCCCCCUCUGGAGACUUCGAUUGCACCUCCAGGGUGGAUGGGCACAAGCUCCUUGCAAGCCUGAGGACUAUCGAAAACCUUGUCAAAACCCAGGAUGAGGAUCUGCUCUUUUCCAAGAUGUUCUGCCUCUUCUCUGCCCCUGGCAUACCCUUAUCUCAACAGUUUGUGCAUAACUUGCUCCGCUCUGCUGAUGCUUUUUACACACGAGCUGUGGACUUUACAAACCCAAGUGAGGCAACAAAACAAAUAAAUGCCUUUGUGGAGGCCAAAAGCAAUGGCCAAAGCAAGCACAUACUGACAGACCUCGACCCAACUACUGACUUGGUGUUCGCAGUGGAUGUUCGCAUGGCAGUGAAUGCUAAGAAAGCCUCUCGGAUGAAAGAGCCUCAGGAGUUCUGGGUUGAUUCAAACAGGGCAAUCUCAGUCCCCAUGCUGUCAGUAACUGGGACGUUCAAGUACAUGACCGACACCAGUGAGACCUUUUCUGCAACAGAAGUCCCUGUUGGCAAGAACGUUCUGCUGGUGCUGCUGCAGCCCAUCAAUGGCAAUGACCUGGACAAAGUAGAGGCUGAGCUUCCCUUGCAGUCAUCAGCCUGGCUUGAAAAUCUGUCCCCAAGAAAAAUUAAAUUAACUUUGCCUGAGUUAAGAAUAGAAGACAGCUGUGAUCUACAAGAAUUUCUUGCAGAUAUGAAGCUGCCUGCGCUGUUGGGGAAGGAGGCAGAUCUCAGUAAAAUAAGCAACACCCACUUCACGGUUGGAAAGAUAAUGAACAAAGCCUUUUUCAAACUGAGCAGCGAUGGAACACAUCAACCAGAAGACACCACAGCACAGGAAAAAGAUUCAGUGCCACAGGAAGUAAUGCUGAACAAACCGUUUCUUUUAGCAGUUUUUGAAGCAAAGUCAAGGGCAAUGCUUUUCCUUGGUAGAGUAACAAACCCCCUGCAGGAGGUUUAAAUGCAAGCAGCAAGGAAGAGGGGAGAAGAAAAAGGAUGCACGCUUCCCAUCACCUUUUUGUACUAAUAAGCUGUUUUUAUGAUCAUAUUGAGUGCUCUACCCUACUUGUAGGUCAAGGGGAAAAGGUUUGAAAUACAGCUUUUUAAAAGCUAAAAAAAAUUACAACAUCCCAUCUUUUAUUUGUUUCAUGCAAACCACCCAGUUCCCUUCUUUCCUUCUCCCCCUCUUGUCUUCCUCUGCUCCACCAUUUUUCAAGGCAGUGGGGAUAAAACAGUAAUCAGCAAGUCAACUUACACUGUUACUUUAUAAGUGCAAAUGCCAUUUACUACAGCAAGGUAGGAAAAAGGAUCAGUUUUGCAAGACAUCUCUCCAAUUUUUCAAAUUAUCCACAGGGAUUUCUAGCUUGAUCAGCAGUAUUUGCCUUUAAAAUGCUGCCAACAGCAUGGGAAGGCUUUACUUGUACCACUGAGGCAAGAUUUUUGCCUUGCAAGCAAAAACACAGUUGUAGGAAGUUUCUUCUUUCUGCAGCCUCGAUGGACACAUUUAUUUCUCAACUCUGUGGAAAAACUAAAAAUAGGGCUGGUAGCAUUAAUGAAGUGCUGCAGAUGAAUUCUCAUAGCUUGACAGCAGUUUCUCUGAUUAUUUAGAAAAAAAGAAAAAAGAGGCCCACUUACUAUUCCAAUACAAUUUCAUUAAUUUCACUACUUAGAAUGUUUACUGAUAUGGGAUGCAUUUAUUACGGUCUUAUGGUGAAAAAAAGAACAUUACUGGUUAGAGUAGAUCUGUAAGCCUUAACACAUCCAAACUAUAUUUUCUGAGGGGGG